AUUAUCUCAGGAAAUCAUCCAAUCACAGUCCGAUUAAGCGCAACCAAAGCUCUCUGUAAAUUAUAUUUCUUUCCUUUGUUUUCUCCUCUGUUCUUUCUUGAUUUGAAUUCAAGCUUCGUUAAUGGAGGCCAAGACUGAAGGAAAGGCCAUUGGUAUCGACUUGGGUACUACUUACAGCUGCGUGGGUGUAUGGCAAAAUGAUCGGGUCGAGAUCAUCGCCAACGAUCAGGGCAACCGAACUACUCCUUCUUAUGUUGCCUUCACAGAUACAGAAAGGUUGAUAGGUGAUGCAGCCAAGAACCAGGUUGCAAUGAACCCCUCCAACACCGUCUUCGAUGCAAAGCGUCUUAUUGGGCGACGAUUCUCAGACCCUUCUGUGCAGAGCGACAUGAAGCUCUGGCCCUUCAAGGUUAUUCCUGGACCUGGUGAUAAGCCCAUGAUCGAGGUGACCUACAAAGGCGAAAAGAAGCAAUUCGCAGCUGAGGAGAUUUCUUCAAUGGUGUUGAUCAAGAUGAAGGAAAUCGCAGAGGCUUAUUUGGGUCACUCUGUGAAGAACGCAGUCAUCACUGUCCCUGCUUACUUCAAUGAUUCGCAGAGGCAGGCCACCAAGGACGCUGGAGCAAUUUCAGGGCUUAAUGUGAUGAGGAUAAUUAAUGAGCCCACUGCAGCUGCGAUUGCUUAUGGAUUGGACAAGAAGGCAUCCAGGUCUGGCGAGCAGAACGUUCUAAUUUUCGAUCUUGGAGGUGGAACCUUUGAUGUAUCUCUGUUAACGAUCGAAGAAGGUAUUUUUGAGGUGAAGGCUACCGCCGGAAACACCCAUCUUGGUGGCGAAGACUUCGAUAACCGCCUCGUCAACCACUUUGCUGCAGAGUUCAAGAGAAAACACAAGAAGGACAUCAGCGGCAACGCCAGGGCUUUGAGGCGGUUAAGGACUGCCUGUGAGAGGGCAAAGCGGACUCUGUCUUCGACAACCCAGACAACCAUUGAAAUUGAUUCUCUCUACGAAGGUAUCGACUUCUAUGCUACCAUUACAAGAGCUCGAUUUGAAGAAUUGAACAUGGAUUUGUUCAGGAAGUGUAUGGAUCCAGUCGAGAAGUGUCUACGAGACUCGAAAAUGGAUAAGAGUCAAGUCCAUGAAGUCGUCCUUGUUGGUGGGUCUACCAGGAUUCCAAAGGUCCAGCAGCUUCUGCAAGAUUUCUUUAAUGGGAAGGAGCUAUGUAAGAGCAUCAACCCAGAUGAGGCUGUCGCGUACGGUGCAGCUGUCCAGGCGGCAAUUUUGAGCGGCGAAGGCAAUCAGAAGGUCCAAGACCUUCUACUGCUUGAUGUUACUCCUCUGAGUUUGGGUAUAGAGACUGCUGGUGGUGUCAUGACCGUUUUGAUUCCAAGGAACACAACAAUCCCAGCAAAGAAAGAACAGAUCUUUUCCACCUAUUCAGACAAUCAACCUGGAGUCUUGAUUCAAGUCUACGAAGGUGAGCGUGCUCAAACCAAGGACAACAACCUCCUCGGAAAAUUUGAGCUCUCAGGCAUUCCUCCGGCUCCAAGAGGUGUUCCACAGAUAAAUGUCUGCUUCGACAUCGACGCGAAUGGAAUUCUAAAUGUGUCUGCAGAAGACAAGACUGCAGGAGUGAAGAACAAGAUCACAAUCACCAAUGACAAGGGUAGGCUCAGCAAGGAUGAGAUUGAGAAGAUGGUGAAGGAGGCAGAGAAAUAUAAAGCAGAAGAUGAGGAAGUGAAAAACAAGGUGGAAGCAAAGAACUCGCUUGAGAACUAUGCUUUUACCAUGAGGAAUACGAUUAAUGAUGAAAAGAUUGGUGGGAAAUUGGAUUCUUCUGAUAAGAAGAAGAUUGAGAAGGCCAUUAAUGAGACAAUUGAGUGGCUUGACAGAAACCAAUUGGCUGAAGUGGAGGAGUUUGAAGACAAAUUGAAGGAGAUGGAGGGUCUCUGCAACCCAAUUAUUUCGAAGAUGUACCAGGGUGGUAGCGGUGACAUGCCUGGAGGAAUGGGUGGUGCUUCUGGUAUGCCUGGAGGAGGCUAUGGUAGGAGCAGCCAAGGUGGGUCUGGUACAGAUGCUGGGCCUAAGAUUGAAGAGGUUGAUUGAAGCGAGUUUGUUGUAAUGAGGCCAAUGGUAGAUGGUGCUCUGUUCUGAAAUUUGGUUCUGUGGUCCAUGAUAGGCCUUUGUGAAUUUUUUUUUUUUAAUUUUAUUUAUGAAAGUAAAAUAUUUAUUAAUUACUGAAUAUAAGAUAGAAUUGUACCCAAAAAAAAAAGAAAAAGUGAAUAUAAGAUAGAAUACCAAUGUCAUGAUUAAUGCUGUGAAUGUAAAACCUAUUGUUCAUAGCUCUUGUUGUUAAAUAUCGUUCAUAAGUUUGAAC